CCAACAACAAGCAACAAGCUCAACAGCCAUCCCAACAAUCAGCGGGUAUGAACGGUCCACCUGCGCACCUCCCCGUCGGGGUCUCGGUCCAAGGAGGGGUAUCACAGUCUGCAAGUUCUUCCUCCCCGACUCCAGGCAGCGGGAACAACGGUGGGAAUGGAGCCAUUGGAGCUGGGGGUGGUAAUGGAGGUGGAGGUGGAGGCGGACAGGCAUCACCUCCAAUUCAACGUCCAUCCUCGGCAGCAAUCUCUCAACCACCCGUACCAAACGCUCAGGGCGUUCAGGGCGUUCAAGGCGUUCCGGUUCCGGUCCCUGUACCUGUGCAAACCCUACCGACUGGCCUGAACCCUGCUCAGGCUCAAGCCGCAGCGCUUCCUUUCACGCAUCGUGUUCCUCCUGGGACCAGUAGUCAUCCGACAGGUUCGGGAGUUCAUUCUGCUGGGCUUGGUACUUCAGGAGUGCCGGGAGUAGGAGCAGGAGGCAUGCCAGGAUUAGCUCAACUGACGCCUGAACAGUAUCGAUCGUUGGCUUUGCAUCAUGGGCAAUUAACGCCCGAGGCUGUUAAAAAUGCUGUUAAUUUACAACAAGCCAUUUGGGUGAGUGUUUGAUAUUGCAUUCAUGUUCUGAUGGUGACCCGCUGAAUUCCGGUG